GAAGCGGAACGCGAGCGCUCGCCGCUUUCUUGUCCGCACAUCUCUCGCCGGCUGCAGCAGCAGUGGCAGCACCGCCGCACUCAGGAGCUCAGCGGCGAAGGUGCAUUCCAGGCGUAACCUUUUAAACAUUCCACCCUCCGCUGUGGCGGGACUCCAAAUGGUGCCGCGGCUGUUUUAACUCGGAAACAGGGUCUCCCUCGCGAGCGCGUGUGUGUGCCUCUCGGGCGGCAUGGCGGUGUUCAGCAAGUACGCUCAACUGCUGGACUACCACCUGCCGUACAACUGCUACGAGAUCGGCCACACCUGGACACCGUACUGCAUCGACGCAUCCGUCUACGUCGGGCUGCACGCGUUCAGGGAGUCGCUCAAGAUCUACCUUCCGCUGUACGCGGCCUCCCUGUUGUACAGCAAGCGCUACGAUGGCACCACAAUCAAGCGCACGCUGCAGGCGGUCCUCAUCUCAUCUUUCUUCCUCAGCUUCAACGCGUUCGCCUUCAUCGCCGUCUUCUGCUCGCUCAGGAAGCUGGUAGGCCGCUUCAACUUCCUGAAUGCCUCCUACCUGCCUGGCUUCCUGGCCAGCCUCCUGGCCAUCCUGCUUGAACGCAAGAGCAGGAGGCAAGCGCUGGCCAUAUACGUCUGCAACAUCGCCUCGGAAACCAUCUUCCGCAUGCGGGUCUCUCGCAACGAUAUCCGACCGAUCAAGCAUGGCGAGGUCUUUCUGUUCAGCGUGGCGUCCGCGCUCUUCCUGUACGUGAUCCGGCGCAGCGGCUUCUCCAACGACCCCGUGAGCCGGGCCUUCCAGUUCAUCGUGGGUCGCGAGGAAGUGCUGUCGUCCGGCGGUUCGUGCUCGCACACGCCCAGCUCGUCGGGCAGCUCGCCCACCCCGCCCAUCCUGCGCGCCGGGGUGGACAGUCCUCCCGAGGACCUCGCCGCUCGCAGCGAGGCCCAGGAGAAGGCCUGGCAACUCGUCGACUACGCGUCUCGGCUGCUCGACGACCAAGGGUCGUGGCUGCAGAAGAGGCUCGCCGCUCUGGGCCUGAACGCCAGGCACUGGUCGUGCGGUCACAAGCGCGGAUGCGCGGCGCACGUCUUUCAGGGUUUCCUGCGCCCCUUCAUGCUGGGCUGUGGCCUGCGGGUGUUGUUUCGGCUGGUGGCCGCUCGACGUCGCCUUGCGCAGGACGUGAGCCGCAUCUACCCGAUGCUCCUCCGCCGGGACAACCUCUGGCUGGGCGCCUUCCUGGGCUCCUUCGCUGGCAUCUACAGGCUGGUAAGCUGCCUGUUGCGGUGGAGCGGCGACGGUCGCAGCGACUGGCACGCCCUGCCGGCUGGUCUUCUGGCAGGACUGUCCAUGUUCUGGUAUCCAAGUCCCAGCAUUGCACUCUACCUAGUCUGGAAGCUCGUCGAGAACGUCUACAUGGCUGGCAUGGACAAAGGCGUUCUUCCGUGCGUCCCCAACUCGCCUGUUCUCCUCUACUCUGUCUCUUGUGCUGUGCUGUUUUACGCGGCUGUCUUCGAACCUCACAACCUCAGGCCGACAUAUUGGACCUUCCUCAACAGGUUGUCAUGCGGAAGAUUUUCUCUGCUGAACCGUCACGUGUACGACAUGUUCGGUGUGCAUUCCUCCAAGCUGUUCGAGGACUUUUGGCCCAAGCUGGACCUGAAGUUCACCACGCGCAAGUUUCAAGAGUCGGUCCUCGUCUGGGUGCCCUUUUGACGUACAGCCUGAGAUUGAAGAAAGAAGAAACGCGUGUGAUAUAUGACUGAAUCAAUGUACUUUCUUUUUUUUUUUUUGCUCUCAGCCGUUCUUUUUUUUUUUUUCUUGUUCCUUUUUUGUAUUAUAGCAAUUAAGUCGCGAAGCCUCUUAUUCCGCCGCAAGAAGUUGCAACCCUUCGGGUUUCUGGUGUCGGUGGAACAUGUGCAAAAUGUGCUAUAGCCGCAUGUGAAUGUUUAUUUCUUUAUAGACUGUUUCUCCACAGGACCAGUAUUGAGGACUGUAGUUCUGUUCGCUUCUCCGUGACGUAUGAUUGCCACCGCCCCCCGUUUUUAUACAAGUACCAUACGGUUUCCACGUGGGAACAUUUUUUGAUAGGGUUGAGGGGUUCACUUCCCCUCCUCACCCAGUCCUCUCCCCUCACCGCCCUCUUCACAAGGCGGCAGCCAGAACCGUAGGCGUGUGCGUGAGAGGGGGGGGGGGGGAGGCCCCCCCCUCCCUUCAGAACAUCGUUGAACUGCGGCUGUUGCAGUAUAUGAUCGCUCCUGCUUGUGUUACACGCGAAAAAAAUGCAAUGAACAAAAGAAGUAAUAUGCGAGAAGCUGUCCACAUCGCAGGAAUCAACAGUAUCGUAAUAUCAUGCUGGGCGACACACAUGCAGUGUGCACUGGUGCAUUUCCUGGAAAAGGCCAUUUCGAGAAAUUCUCAAAUGCGUCCACUCUCUAUAUACCUUCACGAUUCACGUUCCCACUGGCAAGCUCACUUUUCUUGCUUCUUUUCUUUUUAAUAUAUUUUGACGUAGACAACGUCGGCCUAACAACAUCCUCUCAACACUGCUUGUCGACUCUAACAACUUUUGAGCCUUGCUAUCUGCUGCACUUAACUGAAUUGCUGUUAAGUUUAAUAGCACUAAACGAGAGGGGCAUCGUACGUCUUACCAAAUUCACUACGCACCUUAAGGCUCCUUUGAUGAUCGAGCAUCAGACGAUUUCGAUUCGGACAGUUAAUGCUCAUGCAUCAAAUGUCCGAAUCAGAAAGCCCUAUGCGCUACGAGAGCUUCACGUGUUGCGUAUUAAUUGAUUAUAUGUUGAUUAUAAAUACGUGUUGACUCGCCGGGACACUUCACUUCUUCAAAAAAGAAAAAAAAAGGGGGGGGGGGGGCUAUUAUUUCUGAUGCAAUGAUGCUAUACGCUGUAGUUCCGCUAUAGAGCACUCUGGCUUUCAAGAACGUCGAUAUAUUAUUGUCGGGGCUCCCCGUAGAAGCCAUUUGCGGGGACACUGCAGAAAGAAACAAAAAUCGUGCCAACUUUUUUUUUCGGUUCUCUUGACAAGACUUUGGAGAGCGGGCUAUAGUUGUUAACCGAUGCUGAACAGUUGAAGCUCGAAAUUGCAACAAGCGGACACUGCAGGGGUGGAGACAAAUCUCGUAUAGUUUGUAUAAAAUCAAACGUGUCAACAAAAUCGGGAAAUAAGGCAAUCGAUCAAAAACGACUCGGACAGACUCCGUUUUGGGUCGAUGUCUGCUUCUCCCUGUCGCUAUCCGCCUUUUACAUUUUCCCGUGCUGCCCUCUGCCGCAAUGGUAGGGGAUGGGACAACCGGUAUUGCCAGAACGAGACCCUCCGAGAUUAACAGGCGUUUCGCGACUUUUCCGCUAGGGGAAGAGCGCAUGCGCCGUGGCGUCGUGAAAAAAUGCGGACUUCGCGAUUCGAUUUCCACUCACGGUUAUAAGUAAUCAGGUUCAUCGUGGUAGAAAGUGAGGCAUGAACAAAUGCAGACGCAAAGGUAGAGAUUCAGACAACCCAGACGCAGAUAAGUUUUGUAUCCUACCUUCUCGCUUUUCGCCACAGUCUCGCCUUUCAGCUGACGGCGUUUGUGUUGGCAGCUAUAGACACAUAGGCAUGCGCAAAGGGGCGAGGGGGAUGGGAGGGCGUCAAAUCUGCCUCAUACUAUUACUCACAUCGUACCUGUGCUAUCAUUGUUAUGAUAGUUAUGGCCACGCAGGUUUUUUUACUAUAAUGCGGCCUAGGACCCCUGGUGUUGCAUUCCAAGAACUGUUUACUUCACCCAUGGCCUCCGAGAUGGCAGGCGCGCGACGUUUUCACGCGCGCGCCCGCCAUCUCGGAGGCCAUGCUUCACCUUUACAUCCAAAAUGCCGGGAACAGGCCGUUGUGAGAAGCACGCGCGUCAUCGCUCCAUUUUCAUUUUUGCAUCCAUUUCGAAGUUGAUCUUCUUGAGGACUCGACCAACGGGGGUUAAGGGGGAGGGAGGGCGCUGCGGUAACACUUGCCCCCCUUCGCC